AUGCAGACCAACAAAGCCCGUGAAAAAGAGGAGAGCGCCAUCAGCGACGCGGAACGAGACACCGAUGCCGGCGGCCAGGCAAUCCACGACGAAGAGACGGCCGAGUCAGCCGAGACGGCCCGGGUCGUCGACCGCAUCGCCGAGAGGCAGCUGUGCCGCAGGUUUGACAUCCGCAUCCUGCCGGUGCUGGCUGUCAUGUAUCUUUUCAAUGCCAUCGACAAAGGCAACCUGGGCAACGCCGAAACCGCCGGCCUCAACCUCGGGUUCCAGCCCGGCCAGUACAAUCUCGUCAUCUCCAUCUUCUUUGUGCCCUACGUGGUGUUCGCUCCGCCCGUCGCCAUGAUCGGGAAGCGUUUUGGUCCCGCCAUUGUCCUACCCAUUCUCAUGUUCGCCUUUGGCUCCAUGACGCUGUUGUCCGCGGCAACCACCAACUUUGGGGGCUUGUUCACGGUACGAUUCCUCCUGGGCAUGGCCGAAGCCGGCUUCUUUCCGCUCGUCAUCUUCUAUCUCACCACUUUCUACCGGCGCGGAGAGCUGGCGCGGCGACUGGCCAUCUUCUACGCCGCGUCAAACAUCGCCAACGCCUUCAGCGGCCUGCUCGCGUUCGCCGUCUUCCACAUCCAGUCGUCGCUGCUCAAGUGGCGGUACCUGUUCCUCAUCGAGGGCGCCGCGUCUUACCUGCCGCGGAGCGCUGCCGAGGCCAAGUUCCUAGGGGAGGGGGAGAGGUCGCUCGCCUUCUACCGCAUCCAGAUGGACUCGUCGUCGGUCGUGGGCGAGAAGCUCGACAUUCGCGACGCGCUCCAGAUCUUCCGCCACCCGGCCACGUACUGCUUCAUCCUGAUUGAGAUCUGCCUCGGCGUUCCGAUCCAAUCCGUCGGGCUCUUCAUGCCGCAGAUCAUCGCGAGGCUCGGCUACGACACGCUCAAGACGAACUUGUACACAGUUGCGCCCAACGUCGGCGGCGCCGCGGUCCUGCUGAUCCUCGCCUUCAGCUCCGACCUACUGCGCAUCCGCUUCCCGUUCAUCAUGCUCGGCUUCUUGCUGACCUUUAUCGGGUUCAUCAUCUACGCGGCGAUCGACGACGUGCAGGCGCACUUGCAGCUGGCCUACUUUGCGACCUUCAUGAUGGUUUGGGGCACGUCGGCGCCGUCGGUGCUCCUGUCGACGUGGUACAACAAUAACAUAGCACACGAAGGCCGUCGUCUCGUGCUGACGGCCGUCGGCGUACCCUGCGCCAACGUCAUGGGGCUCGUUUCCAGCAACAUCUUCCGCGACGCAGAGAAGCCAAAGUACGAGACGGCCCUCGUCACCACGGCCGUGUUUGGCGCCACUGGAGCCCUCAUUGCCGGCGCCCUCGGCUCCUACAUGGCCUUUGACAACCACAGACGCAACCGAAAGGCCGGCGUCAAGACCACGGCCCGCCAUGUGCCGACCAAGCGCCUGCGUGACGGGCCUGGUGUGCCCGAGUUUCGGUGGCUUCUGUGA